AUGAUUGUUAACAGAUUUAAAAAAAGGAGGAGGUUCUCAAUUCGACUGUUUUUUCGUUACUCCUUAACAAUUAGAAUGUCUAAAUUAUUAAUUGGUCUGGUUGCAACGCUUCUAUUUAAUUCGGUUACUUCACAAUCAGUUCUAGUACAGCAGCAGGGACAGCAGCAAACAGGACGUGCAAGAUGUCAGAUGCCAAUAGACACAGGUAGCUGCGGAGCUCUAUAUAUUUUAUCUCUCAAUAACCCUACACAAAGGUACGCCUACGACAGAAUCAGUCGUGGUUGUGUGCAGUUUACCUACUCUGGCUGCGGAGGCAACAGGAACAAUUUUGUCUCGUAUCAAAGGUGUAUGACGACUUGUAACCCUACGCAGUCGACUUUCAACCAACUUGUUAAUUUAGUGCAGUAUGCGCUGACGGGGCAAAGUGGGUAGAUUUACAAAUAGAUAUACGAUUAUACAUAAUAGGCAU